UUUGUCGGGCCAACAAAACGUCGGCUGUGACGUAAUAUCCGGCAAACAUCCAACAUGGACGCCAGCGGUCUGAAACUGAAAUUGUGGGAGAAUGGACCAAAACCGGGCCAGUUUUAUUCAUUCCCGGGCAGCAGCAGCGUUGGAUGUGGUCCUGUUCGACAUACACUGAACCCCAUGGUCACUGGAACGUCAGUGCUGGGGGUGAAGUUCACAGGUGGUGUCGUGAUCGCUGCCGACAUGUUGGGGUCGUACGGCUCGCUGGCAAGAUUUCGCAAUAUCUCCCGCAUCAUGAAGGUGAACAACAGCACCAUCCUGGGAGCUUCAGGAGACUAUGCCGACUACCAGUACCUCAAACAGGUCAUCGAGCAGAUGGUCAUUGAUGAGGAGCUGUUGGGGGACGGUCACAGCUACAGUCCCAAGGCAGUCCACUCCUGGCUCACCAGAGUCAUGUACAACCGCCGCAGCGCCAUGAACCCUCUGUGGAACACCGUGAUCAUCGGUGGCUUCUACAACGGAGAGAGUUUCCUUGGUUACGUGGACAAGCUGGGCGUGGCCUACGAGGCCCCCAUGGUGGCAAGUGGCUUUGGUGCCUAUUUGGCUCAGCCUCUGAUGAGGGAGGCAUGUGAGAACAAGCCUGAGCUGAGCAAACAGGAAGCGCGAGAGCUGGUGGAGCGCUGCCUCAAAGUGCUCUACUACAGAGACGCUCGCUCCUACAACAGAUAUGAGAUUGCCAUCGUAACAGCAGAGGGCGUUGAGAUCAUCGGACCGCUGUCUUCUGAAACCAACUGGGACAUCGCUCACAUGGUCAGUGGCUUUGAGUGACCACAAAGGGGAGGACGUCUUCAAACGUCUCAUGCAUCUGUUUGGUCCCCUAAAAAUCCUUGUCACUUUUGUAUCAUUGAAAAUAAAUGUGUUAAAUAAAAAAAUGACUGUUUUUGGAAA